AGUGGAAGAUCCGUUUAACUGUGUGUUUUUCAGGUUUCUCGGAACAUACAGAACGAGAUGAGUUAUUAUACAUAAUUAUAUAUUUUUGAUCUAUUCAUAGCACAUAUAUUCAUAGCACAGUAGAAAACUAUAUUUUCAGUUUUCAUGUUGUUCACUCUAAAUUGAUCGUAGGUGUGAAUGUGAGUGUGAAUGGUUGUGUCUCAGCGUGUGGCCUUGUGAUGAACAACUGUAGGUGACCAACACUUGUUGGCUGCUGGAAUAGGCUCCAUCUUUAAUCUGCAUGCCCCUCACUUUGAGAAGCCCUGUGUGUAGAAAGCUUAAAGUGACUAAGCAGUAGGAAAUAAGCAAAGUUUGAAGAAAACAAAUAGUCCAGACAGACAGAGAGCUGCUGUGCUGCAGAUGAAGGAACCACAGCCAACUUUCAAUUAUGAAAAGACUUUUGUCCCUGACGUUUAUUCUUUUAUGAAAUUCAUACAUGUAUAUAUUUAUUAGUUUUUCAAGAGGCGUAAACAUGAGGGUGGCACCAAUCUGUCAGAGUGACCGUUGGCAGGAAGUCAGUCGGUGCUUGAUGACCUACUUGUUGUUGACGUCUGAUGUGUUUUUUUUUUGUUUUUUGUUUUUUUUUCCCCAGAAAAGAGUGAACUGGUUUGUGCCAAGAUGACGACGGAGAUAUUUAUCCCCUGGUCCCAGAUCCAGUGAUUUCUACAUGUUCUACGUCUUUCUUCUGUUUCUCCUCUUUCUUUACCUCCGGCCAACUGCUGACACAUGCCUUCUGGUUUCUUCUUCUCUUCUCCUCCUUGCCUCCCUCCUCCUCUCUCUGUCUCAUGCUUUGGCGUCUCACCCCCCCUUUGUAAUUCCACUCUCACUCAUCUCCACUUCUCUCUCUCUCUUUUGCAGGCAUUUCCCUGGAUUCUGAAUAAUUCAGUUGCAUUUUCGCAUCUCGUGACCUGUGCGUGGGCGUCUGCUCAUGCCUGCAGAGAAAAUAUCAUUGUGUGUGUGUUGACGUGUCUGUUAGGUCCAUGAAGUGUCAACUGUAUGUGUAUGUGUAGGUGUGUGUGUCUUGUCUCUGUCAACCCUCCUGCCUUUACUGUUUAUGUGCUGUAAUCCCUCCCCAUCCCCCCAAUGAGAGUAAAGACUCAUCUUCAAGUCAUCUCUAGAUUUUAACACAACAGUUUCAAUAGUUUUUACAGUUAAAUCAUUUGUUUGUUUCGGUAUGUUAUAUUUAUAUACAAACUAAACAUUUUUUUAAAGUUUAAAAUCUAAUUUUCACUCAAAUAUCCUUAAAAGACAACCAGAAAAUAUAUUCCAAAUAAAAUUGAUGUUAGCAAAAUAUUGGAAAUAGCAAUCAGGCCUCUAAGCCAAAAGGCCAUGAUCAUUAGUAUUACCAUUGUUUGUAGUAUUUUUGAUAUUUUGAUUAUGAUGCGAGUUAAUCAUAGAACAGACCUGGUUGCUUAGGUCUGUGCCUUUUAAAGACUGCCUGGAGUAUUUACCAAAGUUAAAAAUGCUGUUUGUAUCAUCUUCAAAGCUCGUGCUCCAUCUCUGCUCUGUCAGACUCCUACAGCGUCAGCACGUGACUGGGAGUGAGUAACGAGGGGGAGGGAGGAGGGGAGGGAGGGAGUGACAGCGAGCAUGGAUGAAAGUGAGCAUGUAUGUGCACGGACAUGUGAGUGUCUGUGUGGGUUAGUGUUUCUCAGCAGAUUCCCAUAUAUAUAUAUAUAAAUACAGCCAGACUCCUACACAGUGGAGAAGACAAACACGUCCAUGAUUUUGGCUUGCGUCCUUUGUCUUCUUCAAGGCAUUUUCUCACGUCCUCUCAUGUUUCAUGUCAUCUUACUCUCCCCUCAUAAUCCUUUCUAUCCCUCCUGUGGGGAGAGUAAGAUGUCCAGGUCUUCAAAUAAAACAACAAUAUCACUGCUUAACCGAUUCCAUAAAUUAACAUGUUUGAAAUGAAGUUUUCAGCAGAUGAUGAUGUUGGAGUGGCGUGCAGCAGACACAGAUGGACGCUGAACAACCACUUCAUUUUCCAGUUCAAAGGCAAAAUUAAGGUGGUGAGAGAAGCCCUUAUUGUUAAGCCGGCUGUGGGAACUUUCAUUACAUAACAACACCUACACACACACACACAUCCAUCACAGAGUCAUGCAGCCACAGGCUGCAACAGUAGGUGAGGUCUGAUCCUUCCUCACCUAGUACUAGGACUUUCUAAGUGCUUCUGCCAUCAGCGUUUUGUCGCUUGCAUAAUAUCCUCCACAUCCAGGGGGGAGAGCCUGUGAAAACACGUGGCCACUCAGAGGGCUCUGUCUAGCUGAGGGGUGAGUUCUCAUUCCUCUCUCCUCCUUUCUUUCUACUUCCAUUCUCCCUGCUUCUUCCUUGUCUCUUUACAGCAUUUGAACCCUUAAGGCAGCACGCUGAGCCACAGCAGUUCCUCUGAGGAUAGUAGGAAUACAGAGACUGGCAGCAGGAUGUGAUGAGCAACUGAGCUGAUGUUGAACAGAAGAAAUAGAGUCAAGAUCAUUUUAUUCAUUUAUAAAUUCACAAAACACAUUUGGCCUCAUUGGACAUUUUUUGUUUUUACAGUUUUUAUAUUAAUUGUAAACAGCUGUGAACAAAUGCUAAUGUUGCUAAUAUGAAAUCUUCUUCUUCCCACCAGGUCCUCAGUUAUUGACAUUUUAUUUUAAUGACGUAAAUGUCAGAUGAAAUUUAUUGACUGCUAAGAUUGAGGUUGUUUUAAAAAACAUUGGACACAUAUCUAAUUUAGGACAUAGGACAGUAUAUGAAAGUGGAUUAGCCCCCAGUGUGAACAUAGACUUUGUUUCUUUACGCAGCACAGACUUUGUACUCUUGAAAGAUGACUUGGACAAAUGAGGACAUCCUGCUAUUAGGACUGUCAGAAGCAUGAAGGACACAACACUGACAGCAGCACAUGUAUUGUCCAACAGAGAAGGCACUGGACAGUUCUCUGCUCACAGCCUCAGUUGUGACACGCGUGUCAGGAACACAGCAUCCUUCAGAUCAUCUGCUGAAGGUGGAGGAACACAGCAGACGGAGAACAUGGCAGACUCCCCAAAGCCUCCCCCUAACUAGUGCUCCCUCAGGCCGAGCUUCGAGAGAUGACCAUCCCGGAGUUCCUGCUGGAAGUGUCCAUUGUCAUCGUAGCUGUCGUCUCCUUGUUGGGCAACUUGUCGGUGCUGCUAUGCUUCACCCAGAGCGCAGAGCUGAGAUCCCACACUCCCGGACUCUUCAUGCUGAACCUCUGCUUCUCCAAUGUACUCCUCGCUGUCGUCAACAUGCCCUCCACUUUUCUCAGUGUGGCCGAAAGCGCAAAGCCUUUUGGGCAACUUUUCUGUCAGACUGUGAGUUUCGCUGAGACUUUUCUCACAACCAACGCCAUGUUGAGCAUGGCCGCUCUGAGCAUGGACCGCUGGGUGGCCGUGGUGUUUCCUCUCAGUUACUCCAGCAAGAUGCGCUACAGGGACGCUCUCCUGAUCGUCGCGUACUCGUGGAUGCACUCCCUGAGCUUUUCUCUGACCCAGCUGCUGAUGGACUGGGGCGGAUACAGCCACACGUACGCCUCGUGUACUGUUCACNNGAGCCGGCGGGGCCCGCCACACAUGAGACCCUCCACGACCUUCCCCGGCCUGUUCCACCUCAGCACCUUUGGACUCUGUCUUUUCAUCCUGUGCUUUGGUUACCUGAAGGUUCUCAGAGUGGCCAGGUCUCACUGUAAAAGAAUCGACGUCAUCACAGUUCAGACUCUGCUCCUACUGGUGGACCUCCAUCCAAGUGUAAAAGACAGAUGUCUGGCACAGCAGAAGAAGAGGAGGCAGCGGGCCACUAAGAAGAUCUGUGUCUUCAUUGGCACCUUCAUCAUCUGCUUCUCACCAUAUGUCAUCACGAGGUUGUUGGAGUUGUUGCCCCACAUGCACAUUCCGCGUUGUGUGGGAAUUGCCACCAAAUGUCUGUCCUACGCCAAGGCCUCCAGUGAUCCUUUCGUCUACUGUCUGCUGCGGCAGCAGUACAGAAAGGUUCUGGUCAGUGUCAUCAACCGAGUUCUGAGGAAAGAUCAUUACCCGCUGUCUGCCUACAGCACCAGCAGCACACUGGACACCACGGACAACAUCUACAUCACCAGGAUAACCUGACGUGUGUGUCAGUCUUCUGAUAGGUCAGUGUCUGCUUCCUUUCUGCAGCAGCAGUUAAAGGUCAGGGAUCUUUAAAAACAGCUGCACUGUGUGAGGAGAGAAGUCGGUGCCUUGCAAAAGAGCACUUCAAAUGGAGGCUGAAUUGCAGGUCUGUUGUUGACAGUUGGACGCCUGGAGGUGUGGUUUCUGGUGUGAGUCCAGAUACUGUCCAGUCUUCACAGACCGGCUCAUCAGUUUGGCUGUUGAAAUGAAAUGCUAAGAAGGGUUUCACUAUAUAAAGCGUAACAACACGUCUGUGUCUGUGCUGUGACCAUGAACGUCCAUGUUUGUUUGAAACACUGUUAACAUUUGUAGGAAAUGUUUUUUCAUGUUUUGGUGGGAAAAAAAUGUUGAAAAUGUUUAAUCAAAUGACUGUUAAUAAGAUAAAGUAUAAUAUUUAUGCCAUUGUUUGACACAUAACAUGACUGACAAGUGUUUUAAAUGUCACAUCAUAGCAUAUACACAGAGUGUGUAAUAAACUUAAUAUUCAUAGCAAUGCAAAUUGUAUGCUAACCGCCUGAACUGAUGCACACUGGACAGUAAAGUCACGUCGAUAUCAUUUCUUCAAUUCUUUUACGUCUGAUUAAAUCAGUUUUAUGAGAAGCAAAGAUUGUCUACAUGAAUAAAAUAUUUGUGCAAUAAUUUCUUUAUGUGCAAUACCACUGAAAAACCAUUAGGGGCUUGUCUGUACAGAGUAAUACAGUACAUUUACUAAUAAAGAAAGAAAAACUUAUUUUAUCUGCAACAUUACUUAUCAAACAUAUAUGUCAUUCAGCAAAAAUAUUUAAUAUUUUCAUUUUCUGAUGAAAUUUGCUUUAAAUUACAAUGGGCAUUAAGGAUAAAAAAAUAUGUACAGUUAUCAUGAAAUAUGUUGCUCUUUAAGAUUUAAGUCAGAGUGACCCACCAGAGAAAAUAAGUUAGGCCUACAGUGUAGCAACAAGGUAGAAGUCUGGAUCCUCACUGUGGAGUUUUUGACUGUGCUGUCAUUACAGGCCCCUGAGCAAAGACCAUAUCAUUUAGUCUAGUUGAUCCUCGCAAAAGUACUGUUUAGUGCAAAUGAACAUAAUAAGCUGUGAGUAGGCCGAGGCCCAGGGCACUCCCCGUGGAACUACACUUAUGGUGCAUUAGUGGAGCAACAACACUGCUGUACCUCCUUCAUCUUCCUCCUGCUUCACUAUUUCAGGAAUCUUGGAUCUUCCUAUUGUUCUUCAACAUCCUUCCUUUUCUGUCUUCUGUCUCCUGCUGCAAUAAGAAUAAAAUCUUAAAUUAAACAAAUCAAAGGUAAAGUUUCUAUUUUUUAAUGAUAACAACUAUUUUAAUUAUGUGGAAAGAGAGAUGUUUUAAAUUGCAGU